CUACAAUGGAGCGCAGGGCGCUGAAUUCUGUCUGGAGCUGCUUGUCGUCCACCGACCAGAAGCGGUGAAAGAGGAGGUUCCUCUGAUACCUGUUGGACCAGGAACCAACCAACGACUGAGAUUGGUUCUCCUCACCUUCCCUUGUUUCACUGCGUGGGACGCCACGUCACGGCUGCCCGUCUCCAGGCCCCGCUGACUAGAAGUAAAAAUGAGCGACGCAGCGUCAGAGACGGUUCCAGAAGCGGGUACUUCGAAGGUUGAACAACAGGGCGGCGCCGCUGGGGAAGAGGAGCACGUCUCCUCCGACAAUUUGCAGGAGGAAGGUGCGGAAGUGAGCGGCGUAAUGGAAAAAGAGGCAGAAACGAAGAUGAUGUCUAUUUUCGAGCAGGUGCGUAACCAGAUCAGAUCGCAGAGGGGGUUGAAAGCCCCAAAGAGCAGCCUACUGGAGCUGGUGUCAAAAAUCAAAGACAUAGAAACGGCGACUGAGCAGACAAACGGCCAGUCUGGUGGCAAUGGUGUUGAUGCGGAGGAAGAAAAAGAAGCUGAAGUCGUAAAAAUUGACUGCAAAGAGGAAAUCGAUUUGGAGAUGUUGAGUAAAAUGUUUGAGGGAAAGCUGGAAGCUAGUAAGAAGCUGCUAAGAGAUGAGUUCAAAGUUCAGAUAUCUGCAGUGCGUAAUGAAAUGCAGGCCUACACGGAUCGGACCCUGAAAGACCUGGAGUGUAAGAUGACAAGCGGUCCACCUGGCGGUCUCCAGCCGACGUGCUCCAAACUGCAGCAAGAGGGCGCUGACGCCGGGACAAAACGGAGGGCCUCUGCAGCGCCGUCGCUGGCUUCCAGGCGAGGAAAGGUGCUGACCAGGACCCUGACCACCUCCCUCCUUCCCAAGACAUCUGCUCCCAUCAUCAGUGGCUCACACGGCAAAUCAAAAAGCUCCCAAAAGGGUCAAAGUUCACUGGUGAGAGAUCAGGUGCAGUCGCUGUCAGGGAACAAGUCCUACCAGGGCCGCAGUCCUCUGCCCCCGGCUCAGCCGCUCCUGCAUCAGCGCAGGAAGUCCGUCCAGGUGAAAUGUAAGACAGGAAACUGACUUUGCUUGGGAGACAACUCUACUCCUCACGAGACACGAGGAGAGACGCACACAAAUCAAGGCUGA